AUGGAGGCAAUGAUUAAAGGAAAAAACAUUACUGAGAUCACCCAGUUCAUCCUCCUGGGAUUCUCCGAUUUCCACCAAAUCACAGCACUGCUCUUUGUUAUAUUCCUCACCCUGUAUAUUACAGCACUGACCUGGAACCUGUCCCUUAUUGUUUUAAUAAGGAUGGACUCCUACCUCCACACACCUAUGUACUUCUUCCUCAGCAAUCUGUCCUUUAUUGACCUCUGCUAUAUCACUUCUACAGUCCCAAAGAUGCUUUCCAACUUCUUCCAGGAAAAGCAAACUAUCGGUUUUGUGGACUGCAUUGUUCAAUACUUUAUCUUGUCCACUAUGGGCCUGACUGAAUCCUGCCUCAUGACAGUCAUGGCCUAUGACAGGUAUGCUGCCAUUUGUAACCCUCUUCUCUACUCAUCAAUCAUGUCACCCAGCCUCUGUGCUCGGAUGCUCUUGGGAAGCUAUACAGCAGGACUUGUGGGUUCUGUAUCUCAGGUGUGUGCCUUGCUGCAGCUCCAUUUCUGUGGACCUAAUGUCAUCAGACAUUUCUUCUGUGACAUGCCCCAGCUGUUAAAUCUAUCCUGCAUUGAUACUCUUUUUGCACAGGUCCUUCUUGCUGUAUUAACAACAUUAUUUGGUUUUUCAAAUGCCUUAGCCAUCAUGAUAUCCUAUGGCCAUAUUAUCUUGUCCAUCAUGAAGAUCACCUCAGUGAGGGGUAGGUCCAAGGCCUUCAACACUUGUGCUUCUCAUGUGACAGCUGUUUCCUUGUUCUACACCUCUAGUGUCUUUGUCUAUUUGAGUUCCAGCUCUGGUGGCUCCUCCAGCUUUGACAGAUUUGCAUCUGUCUUCUACACUGUGAUGAUUCCAAUGUUGAACCCUUUGGUUUACAGUCUGAGGAACAAGGAAAUUAGAGAUGCUGUAAAGAGGCUAAAGAAGAAGCUGGGAUGCUGCUAA